CUCUUUGCGACAUCUCUACAAGUUUUGCAAGACUCUACUACAGAUAUAAUAUAUAAGUACAGACCAACCAACUAUGGCGUCGAAAAGAAGUAGGCUGGUAACUCCAGCACUUCCAAAGAAUAAGAAAAGAAAAGUCGGUUCCAAAAAUAAAGAAAAGGAACAAAUAUUAGUGGCUGAAAAUAAAUUUGGAGUUCUUCAACAUAGAGAUGAAGAAGAAGAAUCAGCGUCAGAUUCAGAUUUAAUAUUUGAUUAUGAUGGGAAGGAUGAUGAAGAAGGAAAUGGUAUGGUAUUAAUUGAUUCUGAUGAUGAUGAUAAUGAACCUGAAGUUAUUGCUAUAUCUAGUGAUGACGAUAAUGAACAAGAACAAACUGAAGAUCAAAAUCAAAGUAAAGAAGAAGAGACUAAUGAGAAUAAUGAUUUAGCUAAAAAUGUUGAUUUUAUAGGAUUUGGUUUCAGUUCAUCAGAAGAUGAAGGUGGCAAAGAAGAUAAUGAAGAAGAAGAUUUUUCAGAUGAUGGAAUUAUUAGUGCCGAUGAAGGUGUAGAUAAAUAUGCUAGAGCUAAAUCUCCUUCAUUAUAUCCAUGGAUUAAACAACAUGAUCAUUCUAAACAAAGAGAAAUAGUAGAUUGGUUAACUUUAGAAAUGAAAGAUUUCGUUAAUUAUAUAUCACCAUCAAGUGAAGAAAUUACUGCCCGUAAUAAUGUGGUAGGUAUGUUAAAAUCUCAAAUUAGUAAUUUUUGGCCUGAUACAGAAACUCAUGUUUUUGGAUCAUUUGCAACUGAUUUAUAUUUACCAGGUUCAGAUAUUGAUAUGGUUGUUGUUUCAAGAAAAGGAAAUGUAGAAAAUAGAUCAAGUCUUUAUCAAUUAUCAUCAUUUUUAAGAAAUAAAGGUUUAGCAAAGAAUAUAGAAGUUAUAGCAAAGGCUAAAGUACCGAUUAUUAAAUUUGUUGAUCCAUUAACAAAUAUUCAUAUUGAUAUAUCAUUUGAAAGAACAAAUGGUAUAGAUGCAGCUAGAAGAAUAAGGAAAUGGUUAGCAGAUACACCUGGUUUAAGAGAAAUGGUAUUAAUUGUAAAACAAUUUUUAAGAUCAAGAAAAUUAAAUAAUGUUCAUGUUGGAGGAUUAGGAGGUUAUGCAACAAUUAUUUUAUGUUAUCAUUUCUUAAAUUUACAUCCAAAAGUUUCAACAAAAUCAAUAUCAAUUAUGGAUAAUCUUGGAGCUUUAUUAAUUGAAUUUUUUGAACUUUAUGGUAGAAAUUUUUCAUUUGAUAAUUUAAUAAUAUCUUUAGAUCCAGAAACUGAUUUACCAAGAUAUUUAAAAAAAUCAGAUUAUCCUUAUCUAGAUACAAGUAAAAAUCCAUUUUCAAUUGUAAUUCAAGAUCCAGCUGAUGAAAAUAAUAAUAUUACUAGAUCAUCAUUUAAUUUAAGAGAUUUAAAGAAAGCUUUUGGAGGUGCAUAUCAAUUAUUAGUAGAUAAAUGUUAUAGAAUGCAUUCUUCAACUUAUAAAGAAAGAUUAGGACAACUGAUAUUAGGUGAUAUAAUUAAGUAUAAAGGUAAAGAAAGAGAUUUUAAUGAUGAUAGACAUAAAGUAGCCAAUCAUGCACUUCUUGAUAGUCAUCAAAAGGAUGAUGCUGAAGAAUCAGAUGGAGCUAAUGGAAAUGAUAAAUAUUAUUUCUCUGAUAUGACGGUUGAGAGUGAAGAUGAAAUAAAAAUUGAAAAAGUUGAAAAAGUUGCAAAAGUUGAAAAAGUUCAACAUACUAAAGAAAGUGCAACUGAAAGUACUGCCAAAGUUGCUAAUUAUUUAGGAAUAGAAGAAACUGUAGAAGAUGAUGAAGAUACUAAAGAGGAAAUAGUUGAAGUAACUUCAUCAAAGGAUGAAAAUGAAAAUACUCCCUCGGCCGAAGAAAUGAAGAAGACAAAAUCAAAUCUUGAUAAAGAUGUUCGUCGAGCUUAUUGGAUGCAAAAAGGUUUGGAAUUAUAAUUAUAUUAGAAUUAUAAUUAUUAUUUAAAUUGUAACGUAAUCACUAAUGUACUAUAUAUAUAUAUUAUUAUACGUGUACAUAUAUACAUAUAUAUAUAUGUAAAUAUUAAUUAACA